CUACUUUUAUAAAUAUUGUAAGGUGACAGUGCUUCUUUGAAACAAUCACAUUUUAGCCAUAAAGGGAUUUGUAUCAUAAUGAGAAUGAAAUUCGGUAUAUGCUUUUCAAAAUAUCAAUUCCUACACUUUCUGCAAGCGGUGUAGUUAGUCGACCUAGUUACUAAGUCGAGAUCGGAGUUUUAUUGCAAGAGUAUUGCUAGGAUACAUCGCGUCUGCAUUCCGGUAAAUUUUGCACCAGCCAUCUAACUCUUAGGAUAUUGAUUAUACGAAAUAAACAAGUAACUUAAAAAAUGUCUCACGUCGUGACAAAGCAAGUGACAACGACAGUGACAACACAGGGUGGGGGUGGUGGCACCGUUGUAACCACGGGCAACCGAGAUUGGAGUAGUGGGACAUUUGCCUGCUUCGACGACAUCAAGUCAUGUCUGUGUGGAAUCUUCUGCGGACCAUGUCUGCUGUGCAUGGUUAGCAAGCGUAUCGGGGAGAACAUGUGUGUUGGAUGCUGCGUCCCUGGUGGCAUCAUUGCCCUUAGAGUACGACUCAGGUCUCUCUUGGGGAUACAGGGAACGAUCUGCAACGAUUGCUUGUGUUCUUACUUCUGCGGUCCAUGCGUUGCCUGCCAAAUGUACAGAGAGGAAACCCAUGCUGGACUGACAAGCUAAAUUCUUCAUCUGUUUACAGUAGUGAUAUUAGCAUAAACAUUGCAAAUCGACUUUUUUGUAUUUGGCCACGAAAAAAUAUAAUCAUUUAUUCUGUUUUAUAGGGUUUGAAAUCUCAGCCAAUCAGGCCUGUUAUUGAAAUUAAAUUUUUGUUUUUGUCAUUUUUACGUCUAAAGUGACGAAACACCAAAAAAGCGUUAGGCAUUUGUGAAAAUAACUUUGUAAUGUAACUUUGUAAUAACUGAGAAAAGUGUCAAAAUAUUAUUGGAUGGCUUUACAUAUA